UUUGGAGAUAUUUGCGUGGAUCAUUUAAAAUGAGACACCCUGUAUAAUUGGUUUAUCCGAUGAAAAUCUCAGUGUUAAUAAAACAGCGUAUUAAUAAAACAAUGCCCGCCAGUACCAAUGGCCUCGUUUAUUAUUUAUUUAGUUGCAUCAUUUCUACGCGAGUCCGGGUUGAAAAUGCUCGCGCGUCGACGACACGUGGCGCGUUUCCGCGAGGCAGACACACGGCGUGUGCUCUCUAAUCAUUGCUAAUUAGCUCUGGCCAGGCCGUCGUUAAGUCGACGCUGAACAGUCCCGUUUCUCAUCACGACGUGACGCGUCCUACGAAUUAGGAGCAGCUCCGCCAGUUGCCUCGUCACGCGUCUCAGUGUUUUAUCAAUUCGCGUCGGAAUGUAUCACUUGGUAUCAAGCUAGAGGUAAUAGAGAACGUAAUGAGGCAAAGUCGAGCGACGCCUCGUAAAUAAUAUCCCGCGUAGCGCCGCUGAAAGGUCAAUUUUAAUUUUGACGGCAGCCUUGUUUCGCUGCGAGAUUACGCGCAGUAUUACAUCCCGUCUCGUUUGCUUCACUCGAAAUGCAACAUCGUCGUCGUACACAGUUGUAUUGUUAAAUUUGACUCAACGAGCAGUCGCCACUUCUACUCAACACGUCGUUAAUUUAAUUAAACAAUGUAAUUAAGAGAAAGCACAAAAAUGGGCUGAACAGAAGAUGUGGUUUUUUUAACUACAGUUUUUGUGCAAAAAAAUAAUUUCAUUUAAUUUGCUGCCACAUACAAAUAAAUGUAGAAAUUUUACUACACACGGUUAAAAAUUAUGUCGCUAAUUUAAUCAAACGAUGGAGUUAAAAGAAGCAAUGAAAUGGCAUUGAAUGGAAACUGUAGUUAUCUUUUUGAUUGUAAUUUGUGCUAAAAAUAAUAAAGUUUGCCACGUGAUAGAUAAGAAAAAUUACGUAUUGAGUAGGAACAGUGCCGACUACUCACUGAUUGCGAGUCAAAUUUAACAGCGCAACGCACAGUUGCUGCGGAGUACUCGUCGAGAGAUAUCGAGGCACGUGGCUGGCGGCUAAUGAAUCUACGAUUAGUCACUCCGGCGACCUUCGCUUCGCGCGUACUCGCCGAUCUUUCAUACCGCGCAUAAAUUUGCCACUGUAACAAGAAAAGAGAAACAACGCAGUCGAGAGAUCCCGAGCGCAGGAUCGGCGGGUACCGUCGUCGCGCGAGGCUACGGGCGUUGGACGCGAGGAGAAUCGGCGAACAGACUCAUCAUCCGCUGGCUUUUCGCAGUGAAAAUGGCAGAGGAGGGCGCGGGCGGCUCCGGAAACGGGAGCAGCGGCGAGACCAGCCGGCUGCAGCUUCUGCAGGAGAUGCGACAGCAGAACUUCGACACCAUACGAUUCGCGUCGUACCGCACCGCCUGCAAGCUGAGAUUCAUACAGAGGAAAGUGCACCUGCACAACGUCGAUAUAUGGAACGUGAUCGAGGCAUUUCGAGAGAACGGCCUGAACACGCUGGAGCCGUCGAGCACCCUGGGGGUGUCCAGGCUCGAGACGCUGCUGUCUUCCCUGUUUCACGCGCUGAACAAGAGAGUGCCGGUGUCGCAGCAGUCCAAGGUCGACGCCACCACGGCGUUGCUGAUGAACUGGCUGCUGGCCGCUUAUACCAGCGGGGAGAACAAUAAGAUAUCCGUGUUCUCGGUCAAGGUGGCCCUGGCGACGUUAUGCGCGGGAAAGCUCAUGGACAAAUUUCGAUAUAUAUACUCGCAGAUAUCCGACAGCAACGGGCACAUGAUACACUGGAGGUUCGCCGAUUAUCUGAAGGAGGUACUAGCCCUGACCGCGGCGGUCUACGAGUCCCCGUCCUUCGGCUACUCCGACGGUCUCGCCAACUCCAUCUUUCCCGCGAACUCCAAAGUCACCGUCAACGACUUCCUGGACACGCUCAUGUCGGAUCCCGGGCCGCAUUGCUUAAUCUGGUUGCCGUUAUAUCACAGAAUGGCGGCCGUGGAAACGGUUGCCCAUCCUAUCAUGUGCGACGCGUGUCACAAGGAGAACUUCACUGGGUUCCGAUACAGAUGUCAGAAGUGCCACUCGUACCAGCUGUGUCAGGACUGCUUUUGGCGUGGGAAAGUUUCAGGGACGCACAAUAAUGAUCAUGAAACGCGCGAGUACAGCAGCUUCAAAUCGCCGAGCAAGCAGAUCGGUCACUCCCUGCGAAAGAGCUUCAGAUGCGUCCCCGAGAAGGGGAAGAACAGUCUGCCGCGAUUCCCGGAGCAGCCCGAGAAGACGCUAGAUCUGUCGCAUAUAGUCCCACCGUCACCUUUACCAUCUCACAACGGUUUUCCAGAUCCAGGAUUUAUGGCUCCCUUUGAUUCAGGAUCGGUGGAUAGUCGCUCGACCCUGAGAAGUAUGGACAGUUCAAGACUGGACGAUGAACAUAAAUUAAUAGCACGAUAUGCACAAAGGUUGGCACAAGAAGCGAGGACCAUGCCUCGUACCGCGUCCAGAAUGUCCCAGGCAGAUCAAGCGGUUCGAGCGCCGUCGGACAUGAACCUGGCGUCGCUAGACGCGUCGCGGGCGCAGCGCGAGCUCAUAUCGCAGCUCGAGGCGAAGAACAAGGAGAUUAUGCGCGAGAUAGCAAGAAGGCAACAGGAGAUAGAAGCCGCGGGUUUGGAAAAUCCGGCGUUAAUGUCAGAAUUACGAGCUUUGAGGCAGAGAAAAGACGAACUGGAGACGCAUCUGGCGACGUUACAAGAUUCCAGGAGGCAGUUAAUGGUACAGCUGGAGGGUUUAAUGAAAAUGCUGAAGAACCAUCAAGCAUCACCGCGAUCAACACCGAACAGUUCUCCACGAAGUACGAAGUCACCGCCUUUGCCACCCGGUGCCAUACCAAGCAGCAGGUCUGCGCCGCCGACCCCCGGCGGGCCUUUGUCUACACCUCAACAGCAGCAGCAGCAGCAGCAGCAACAACAGCAGCAGAUGCAACAACAAAUGCCGCAACAAAUGUCACAGAGCUAUCAAAAUCCCGUACCGACGACGACAGUGGCUAAUGUGCAGGGCAACGCAAUGCUCGGCACGAUACAGAAUCCCAUUCCAGAUAGCUUGUCGUGCGUUGGCGGCGAUGUAAGGUCUGCGUUCAGGACAAACAGCUUACCAGGGAGCGGUUCCAGCAGUGCCAAUAAUAGUUUGGGCCGAUCCUUAAGAAACGACUUACUGGUAGCUGCCGACAGCGUUACUAAUGCCAUGUCAACGCUUGUGAGGGAAUUAAAUUCAGACUCAGACCAGGAGGACCAUUCUCACAACUCGGGACUAAUGAACAUCAGAAAACCGCUAGACUUUGAAGCCGGGGAGGAUGGAGACGAUAGCAGCGGCGGCGGGAAUUCCUGGCGAGAGGAGCUGCAACGGCGUUAUCAGCAGGAGAAUGACUUUUUGGCGGAAUUACGAUCUCGUAACAAUAUACCGCAGACACCGUCGGCCACGCUGUCCAGCGACCAAGAUCAGGAGAGAGGCGAGAGAGAGGAGGCGGACGGUGAGAAGGAAGAUGAAGAUGAAGCCAACUGGGCGGAAGCGGUGAAAAGAUGGGUCAAUCGAUAAGCCGACCCAGCAGGGGGUACUGGACGUUACGUGCUAAAGAAUACGAAUUUGAGGAAUCCGUUGAAGAAGACGCGAUCAAAUCACAUACACAUACACAUAUGCUGUGGACUAAUACUUCGAUAUUAGUAUACAAUGUAAUCUUAGGAAAAAUUGAAUGUCGUGCGAUUUCGGAAAGCUAUUUGCAUUUUGCAAGGCGGUACUUGCGGCCGAGGGACGACGCGAAAAUCGUCGGAUCAACUGUUCCGAGAGUCACGUGGAUUUUCACGCGUACGAGACAAGUACCGUAAUUCAUUCUUAGAAUGGCAUUUGUAUCGUGCGCAUACAAUGAUUUUGCUACUCCGUUUAUUUGCAACUCGCGAUGUAAUAAGACUUUCAGAGUUUGUUAAAUAUACACUCAUACAUAUAUACAUAAACGCGACUCGAAAAUAAGCAUUUGCGUUGUAUUAUAUUUUUUCAUUUAUUGUUAUUAUUGUUACCACUAUUUGUAAUUACUAUUAAGCGAAUUAAAUGCAAUACACAAGAGUACUGUACGUAUCUUGUAAUUCCAUCGCUUAUAAAGCUAAUUUAAUUUUUAAGGUAACAUAUGUCUGUACAUAUAUUAACUGACAAAAUGGUUUUAUCAUCUCGCAAUAUUACUCAUUCACGCAGACGUUUAUAUUAUAGAUUAUACGGAAAAUUUUGCACAAGUUAUCAUACCAUUGACCAAAUCUGAAAUAACUGAAGUAACAGUAAGGUGAUUGCAAUUAAAUCAAUUUUUUAAUAAAUUACGAGUUUAGCGGAAACUUGGUUUUUCGAGAGCCAAAGUGUGUUUUUGUACAUUCGUACCGACGCUUGACGUACAAUAAACGCUAUUAAGUAAAAUAAAGUAAUAAUAUAUAAACGAGUGUAAAAGUAUUGACGCAUUAGAUGACGCUUCAAAUGCCGAAUUUGCAUUUACAAUUGCAGAAUAAAAAAAAGAGUAGAGAAACGAAACUAGUCUUACGUACAAAGUACUCGUUUGUUCAGUUCCUAGGAUGUAAGAGUAUUCCGAUUAAUAAUCCAAUUGUUGAAACAUGACUGCUACUGAUAAGAACCAAUGCGUUUUGUAACAUUUAAAUGGCAUGCCCUGUCCGCGAAGUAUCCUAUGUAUAUAUGCAUAUUUGACGUCAGAAUUCCUUUUGUCUAUCUCUUUACGUAUGAAAAUGAUGUAGCGCCUAUGAAAACUGAAUAAAAGUUUAUAGAUAUA